ACGAAACAGCAAGGAGAGAAAUAAUAGUGAGGACUUUACCGAUGCACUGCACACAACACAGGCCCUAUAUAUAAUCAGGCAAAAUUGACCCGACUGCAUAUACAUCAUAACAAAUCACCGAUAAUCAGAUCUGAAUCCGAAUAAUUUUUUUUAUUACAUCAUAUCACUGAUAAUCAGUCAAGUCUCUCCAUGUAUCUAGAUGGAAUGUAAUAAUUAAUAACGAACAUGUUGGGACGACCUGAUGCCAAAUCUUCGUCGUCUUAGUCUACUACUACCUAGCAGGCUAGCAGAGGCUAUUUUUUUUUUAUUGCAUCGUAUCACCGAUAAGCAGCUGUUCGACGGUUAGAAAAUACUAAUUAACACGAAAUGACUCGGUACGAACAAUCAGAUUAUAUAUGUAUAUUUACAUAUUAUUAGAGAGAAAUCUGGAGAAGCCGCGCCCUGCCGGCAGGUCAAACCUGACGAUCGUGGUUAAUUCCGCACGACAUACAUACAGUACGUGUGCUUUCCAGUUUCGUUUCUGUCUGCGUUAAUUUUUUUCAUCAGGCUCAUUACCAUGACAGCAUGUGGAAUUAAUGGGUCCGGGCCGACCAAUCACAGCUACUAGAAAUAAUCCCCCCCAAAAACUUUAGCCCAGCUACUUGCAUUGCUUCCUCCUAGCUCGAGCUCGGUUCCUCUCAGCUGGAGGCUGGCAACACAGCUCGAUCGAGGAGCUACCUUGCAGCUGGCCUGCUGCAAUGGAGUGUGGCAGGCCGCUCCUCGCGCUGGCGUCUCUCUGCGCCGCCGCCGCCGCCGCCGCCUUGCUGCCCCAUGGAGCCGCCGGCGCAGACACAGGCGGCGGCGUGUGCGGCAACGUGAGCUGCGGCAUGGGGACGUGCAGCGAGUCCAGCGACUACGCCUUCGGGUUCGCGUGCCACUGCAACCCCGGCUGGAGCCGCUACCACCUCGCCACCGUUCAGUUCCCCUUCCUCCCCUGCGUCAUCCCAAACUGCACCAUCCACACCUCGUGCGAGGACGGGUCGUCGUCGUCGUCGUCCCCGGCGCCGGCUCCACCGCCGCCGGCACCGCCAGCGGGCCUGCCGCCGCUAACCAUCUUCGACCCGUGCCUGAUGCAGUACUGCGGCGACGACGGCGGCGGCACCUGCGAGAAGGCGUCGGACUUCACCCACCGCUGCAGCUGCCGCGACGGCUACGCCAACCUCCUCAACGACACCUCCUACCCGUGCUACCAACAGUGCUCGCUGGGCUCCGACUGCAAGGGUCUGGGGAUCGACGUCAUCAACGGCUCCACGCCGAGCUCGUCGCCGCCCGCGCCCUUCUCCAUCACCGUCAAGAAGUCCGGCGCCGGACGAACUGCCGCCGUCACGCCGGCUGAUGACACGCUCCUUGGGCUUUUCUUCUUCAUCAUCACCUUCUACGGGCUCCAGGCGGCGAUAUGGUGAACGAGCUGUCAGGACGGGACAAACUAAAGCACACUCCUCCGAGACCCCAGACACGGAUUUCUUGCAAAAUUGAUUUGUAUUUAUACUCCAUUGUUCAGGAUAUUUCCUACAUGUCCCUUACCUACCAUUAGGAGCUGUAGAGUAUCAUCGUGUUACUAGAGCAUCAGAGCAUGUAUAAAGUUAAACGUUCUAGCAGAGGAAUAAAUCAAAGCAGCUACACUAGUGUUAGCUUAUGCUGCUC